AUGGCAACAGAAGUGAUAGAAACAAACACAAUGGUGGCUGCCGAUACACCAACAGAAACAACUAUAGCAAAUGAAAAUCAAAAUAUAACGAGUACGAGUGGUGGUGAUUCACAAGAAGGCAGAAGAACAAGAAGAGAUGGUGUCCGUCAACAACAAGCAGUUCAGCAUCAGAACGGUUUGAACAGGCAACAUGAUAGACGAAAUGGCAAUGGCUCUGGCAGUGGUAGUCGUGUUCGAGGUCGAGGUCGAAGUCGUCAACAACGACAACGUAUUUAUCGUGGUAUGUUCCAUGAACAAAGUGCGCGCGAUCAUUUUUCGUUCUUUUUUCUUGGAAUGCAUAUGCAACUGAGAGAUCAGAGUUAUUUACCAAGUCAUUACUGGCGUGAUUUGCACUAUCAAACGGGACCUUUUGUACGCAGUCCUACUGCUGCUGAUCGUGCCUCCGCGCAUCACGUCCACGCAAGGGAACCCGAGUUUCUGCGUACUUUAACUCCCCACGUUCAGCAAACAAUUUAUCGUGGAGCUAUCGAUAAGCGCAAGGGACAAAAUCGAAAUGCCUUGUACCCGUUAAGCCCUGCACAGUAUCGGCAACUAGAAGCAGCGGGAUUACGCAAAAAAUAUGCGCCAUGUCAGUUUUUGCUUCAAACAUUCCGUCUAAGAACUGAAUUUCGUGUAGGUGACUAUCGACGUGCAGCUGCAAAUAUACAAUUUCGAUUAUUCGAAAAAAAAACGAAUAUUGAAAAUCGAAAGUGGUCCGCUCCUUUUUUACGAAUGCGGUUUCAACAAAAGGCUGCUGAGUUUAUCAUGUAA